GGGCAGAUCAAUCAAAGGAAAAUCAAUCAGAGGAAAAACCACCGCUAAACCCUAGCCGCCGGCGAGAUCGGGCGGAGCAGCGAGCCCCCGUCCUCUUCUUCCUCCCUCAGUCGGUGAUAUAAAGCAUGGCUUCACCAUUCGGGACCACCUCUACAUGUGGCCUCAACGCCGCCGCCCCCACCGGAUUCGCGGCCAGGACGCAGCUCUCCUUGGUUUCGCCCCCAUCUGUUUCGUUUCCCCAGAAAAUCAGGCCCAGGAGAAAGUGCAAUGUCAAGGUGAACGCCGCAAAGGAGCUCUACUUCAACAAGGAUGGGUCCGCCAUCAGGAAGCUGCAAAAUGGAGUCAACAAGCUUGCUGAUCUGGUUGGAGUUACCCUUGGUCCAAAAGGGCGGAACGUCGUCCUCGAGAGCAAGUACGGGUCGCCUAGGAUUGUCAAUGACGGUGUUACGGUGGCAAAGGAGGUUGAACUUGAAGACCCUGUUGAAAACAUUGGAGCUAAACUGGUUAGGCAAGCUGCUGCUAAGACUAAUGAUCUGGCUGGUGACGGGACAACCACUUCCGUGAUCCUUGCUCAAGGGAUGAUUGCCGAGGGUGUCAAGAUUGUAGCUGCUGGUGCUAAUCCAGUACAGAUUGCUCGUGGCAUUGAGAAAACAGCCAAAGCAUUAGUUGGUGAGCUCCGAAAGAUGUCCAAGGAGGUUGAAGAUAGUGAACUUGCUGAUGUUGCUGCUGUAAGUGCUGGAAAUAACUAUGAAAUUGGCAACAUGAUAGCUGAGGCUAUGAACAAGGUUGGGCGGCAGGGGGUGGUCACACUUGAAGAGGGAAAGAGUGCUGAAAACAACCUCUAUGUCGUCGAAGGGAUGCAAUUUGACCGUGGCUAUAUUUCUCCCUACUUUGUAACUGACAGUGAAAAAAUGUCAGUAGAGUAUGAGAACUGCAAGCUGCUUCUUGUGGACAAGAAAAUUAACAACGCUAGAGACCUCAUUACUAUUCUGGAGGAUGCUAUUAAGAGUGGAUAUCCAAUUCUAAUAAUCGCAGAGGAUAUUGAGCAGGAAGCUCUUGCAACCCUUGUGGUCAAUAGGCUUAGGGGUGCGUUGAAGAUCGCUGCCAUAAAAGCCCCUGGUUUUGGCGAGCGCAAGAGUCAAUACCUGGAUGAUAUUGCUACUCUGACAGGAGGCACUGUCAUCAGAGAAGAAAUUGGACUGUCCCUUGACAAAGCAGACGCAGAAGUCCUAGGAACUGCUGCCAAGGUUGUAAUUACCAAAGAUUCAACAACAAUAGUUGGAGAUGGUACUACACAGGAGGAAGUAACCAAAAGAGUCACACAAAUCAAGAACCAGAUUGAGGCUUCUGAACAGGAAUAUGAAAAAGAAAAGCUAAACGAAAGGGUAGCCAAAUUAUCUGGCGGUGUUGCCGUCAUCCAGGUCGGAGCACAGACUGAAACUGAGCUUAAGGAAAAGAAACUGAGGGUUGAAGACGCGCUGAAUGCGACGAAGGCGGCUGUCGAGGAAGGUAUCGUGGUCGGUGGUGGCUGUACCCUUUUAAGGCUUGCAUCAAAAGUUGACGCCAUUAAAGAAACCCUUGAGAAUGAUGAACAGAAGGUCGGUGCUGAGAUUGUUAGGAAGUCCUUGAGUUAUCCACUAAAAUUAAUUGCCAAAAACGCUGGUGUUAAUGGCAGCGUGGUGACUGAAAAGGUCCUUGCCAAUGACAACUUCAGAUUUGGUUACAACGCUGCAACCGGGAAGUACGAGGAUUUGAUGGCUGCUGGUAUUAUUGAUCCUACCAAGGUGGUGAGGUGCUGCCUGGAGCACGCUGCAUCCGUGGCCAAGACUUUCAUCACCUCGGACGCUGUCGUCGUCGACAUCAAGGAGGCUGAGCAGGCACCUGCUGCGAACCCAAUGGCCGGUUCAGGUUAUGGCUUCUGAUCCAGGUGCAAAGCUCUUUUCUCCUGUUCCUUUUGGGAUCAUGUUACAUCGGAUCGGAGGGUAUUUCAUGAGAAGAAACUGCUGUGGCAUCGUCACGAGUCGAAGUGGCCUGUGUGAACACGGAACGAUGUCAUCUGGAACACAUCAUAGUUUAAUUUUACACUAGCUAGUCUUGAAAGGAACUGAACAUAUAUUGUAGCUAGAUAAUAUUGCCGGUCUUUAGUGAUUAAAACGAAGCGAUAUUGCUAUGUUUCACGCACA